GGAUGCAGAUUGGCUCAUAUGAAAAUACGUUAUUUCCACUUGGUUCAGUGCAAGAUUAAACCAGGAUGGAUCCUGACCGGAUGGGAGACCGAGGGGUGGGGGUCUCUCACCUUCGAUACGAGGAGGAGGAGGACCAUCAGUCCAUUUACAUCGGCGUGCCGGUGCCGCGCGGCUACAGACGCAAGCGCAGACGAAGACGCUCCACGUCGAGCCGCGAAGCUGGAGACCUGGAUCGACGCUACGAGCACCACAGACACCACGAGCCCGAUGACGACCGAUACAGAGAGGUCGACAUGGAGGAGGGGCUGGUGGACCCCCACGACAUCAACGUCCACCACGACAUUAACAGGACAAUGUCCCCUGCAGCGGAACGGUUGCGCUACAUCCUGGGGGAGGAGGAUGACAUGCCCACGCCCACACUCUUCACCGAGAUGGACACACUGCAGCACGAAGGAGAUGAGCUGGAGUGGAAGGAGUCCGCCAGGUGGGUGAAGUUUGAGGAGAAGGUGGAGGAGGGAGGGGAGAGGUGGAGCAAGCCCCACGUCUCCACCCUGUCCCUCCACAGUCUGUUUGAGCUGAGGACCUGCCUGCAGACUGGCACCGUACUGCUCGACCUCGACGGUUACUCUCUGCCACAGAUAGUCGAUGACAUCAUCGAGCGUCAAAUCGAAGAGGGCAUGCUGUCUCCGGACCUGAGGGAGAAGAUCAGCUUUGUGUUGCUCAGGAAGCACAGACACCAGACCAAGAAGCCAAUCCACCGCUCCCUGGCCGACCUGGGCAAGUCCAGCUCCGGACCUGCCCCGCCAGCGCGGGGCCCCCAGCCGAGAGGGGGCCCAGGUGCUGGGGCCAGCUACAACCGUUCUGUAGAGGACCUGCGUGUGAAGCAGCAGUCCGGCAGCUAUGGUCGUCUGCGUCAUGCCCAAAGUAGGAGUAUGAAUGACAUUGCAGACACUCCCAGCACAGAUCAGCUGAAGAAUAAGUUCAUGAAAAAGAUCCCUAGAGAUGCCGAGGCGUCCAACGUGCUGGUGGGGGAGGUGGACUUCCUCGAUAAACCGUUUGUGGCCUUCGUUCGCCUGGCCCAAGCUACAACUCUGGGGGGAUUAACAGAGGUCCCUGUCCCCACCAGAUUCCUGUUUAUCCUCCUGGGCCCCCAGGGGAAAGCCAAGUCCUAUAACGAGAUUGGCCGGGCCAUAGCGACCCUGAUGGUGGAUGAUCUCUUCAGUGAUGUAGCGUACAAGGCCAGAGACAGAGAGGACCUCAUCGCAGGUAUCGACGAGUUCCUGGAUGAGGUCAUCGUCCUGCCUCCUGGAGAGUGGGAUCCCAAAAUCCGUAUCGAGCCUCCGAAAAAAGUACCCUCGGCCGACAAAAGGAAGUCAGUGUUCUCCGUGAACGAGCUGGGCCAGAUGAAUGGUACAGCUGGAGGGGGUGGAGGCCUCAGUGAAGAUGAGGAGAUGCCAGCUCCACACGAGUUAGGAGAGGAGCUGGCCUUCACAGGGAGAUUCUGUGGGGGUCUGUACCUGGACAUUAAGAGAAAGCUGCCUUGGGUGCUCAGUGAUUUCUGCGAUGGCUUCCACAUCCAGUCCAUCUCAGCGGUGCUCUUCAUCUAUCUGGGAUGCAUCACUAACGCCAUCACUUUCGGUGGGCUGCUUGGAGACGCCACUGACAACUACCAGGGUGUGAUGGAGAGUUUCUUGGGGACAGCUCUGGCAGGGACAGUUUUCUGUCUGUUUGGGGGCCAACCUCUCAUCAUCCUCAGCUCCACAGGCCCCAUCCUCAUCUUUGAGAAACUCCUCUUCGAAUUCAGCAAGAGUAACAAUAUAGACUACAUGGAGCUGAGGCUGUGGAUCGGGAUCCACUCCUGCCUCCAGUGUUUCCUGCUGGUAGCCACAGACGCCAGCUACAUCAUCAAGUACAUCACCCGCUUCACCGAGGAGGGCUUCUCCAGCCUCAUCUCCUUCAUCUUCAUCUCCGACGCCAUCAAGAAGAUGGUGGGCUCCUUCAAGUACUACCCUAUCAACACCGACUUCAAACCCGACUACGUCACCGCUUACAAGUGCGAGUGUCUGGCCCCAGACCCCAUUCCAGUGCCAGAUAACAGUUCUGCUCUCUUUGGGUUGAAUGUAACAGCUCUGGACUGGAGCCAGCUGAGUAAGAAGGAGUGCGUGAAGUACGGAGGUUCUCUGGUGGGGAAGACCUGCAAGUACGUCCCAGACCUGGCCCUCAUGUCCUUCAUCCUCUUCUUUGGUACCUACUCCAUGACCGUCUCCCUGAAGAAGUUCAAGUUCAGCCGCUACUUCCCCACCAAGCUGCGGAAGCUCAUUAGUGACUUCUCCAUCUUCAUGUCCAUUAUGACCUUUGUGGGUCUGGACAUGUUGAUAGGACUCGAGACUCCCAAGCUUAUCGUACCCACUGAGUUUAAGCCCACUCGUGCAGACCGCGGUUGGAUAGUUCUGCCAUUCGGGAAGAACCCCUGGUGGGUGUAUGUGGCCAGCGCCGUCCCUGCUCUGCUCGUCACCAUCCUCAUCUUCAUGGAUCAGCAGAUCAGCGCCGUCAUCGUCAACCGCAAGGAUAACAAACUGAAGAAGGGCUGUGGGUACCACCUGGACCUGUUCUGGGUGGGCGUCCUGAUGGCCGCCUGCUCCUUCAUGGGCCUGCCAUGGUACGUGGCCGCCACCGUCAUCUCCAUCGCCCACAUCGACUCUCUGAAGAUGGAGAGUGAGUCCAGUGCCCCGGGGGAGCAGCCCCAGUUCCUGGGAGUUCGAGAACAAAGGCUGACAGGAAUACUGGUCUUCAUCCUCACUGGAGUCUCCAUCUUCCUGGCUCCCAUUCUGCAGUACAUACCGAUGCCAGUGCUCUACGGUGUCUUCCUUUACAUGGGCGUGGCUUCUCUCAGCGGCAUCCAGUUCUGGGAUAGGAUCAAGCUGUGCAUGAUGCCUUCAAAACACCAGCCAGACUUCCCCUAUCUGCGCCACGUUCCUCUGAGGAAGGUUCACCUCUUCACCAUGGUCCAGAUUGUCUGUCUGGCUGUGCUCUGGGUUCUCAAGUCUACCUUUCUAGCCAUCAUCUUCCCUAUCAUGAUCCUUGGUCUGCUGUUGGUCCGUAAGAUGCUGGACAUAAUGUUCUCUCAGCACGAUCUGGCCUGGGUGGACGACGUGCUGCCUGGGAAGGAGAAGAAGAAGAAGAAGAAGGACGAUAACAGGAAGAAGCCCAAAGACCUGAAGAAGUCGCGAGUGGACGACAGCGACGACGAGGAGAAGUACCAUCCUUACUCCAACUGUUCCCCCAGCUCCGAGUCUGACCUGGAUCGCAGCAUCACCCUGCAUCUGAAGAUCUCCUGCCCGUCAUCCCCAGCCAUGCCCAUGGGCCGAGGGAUGCCCUGCCCCGUGCCCCAGGUCAAGAUCCAGGUGGAGUCGGACUACGAGGACACGGACACGGAGCAUAGACACAGGGAAGUGAGCGGCGAGACCACGCUUUAGGUGACUUAAGCCUCCAUGUGGACACACUGCGGACCCGCCACUGUACAUAGGCCAAAAGGCGCCGACUCAUACACGUUUAAGACCUCUGUCACGGAUUGACAGCUGUGGACAUGUAGGAGACGAGCAGAUGACAAAGGACAUGGGAUAGUAGAGGUUCCAUAUUUCAACCGUUUGGAAAUCUGUUCAGUCAGCCAUUUGAAUUGACCCCACAUCCCAGCACCAAGCUCUAUCUGUUCAAUAGGAGGGUUAGUCUUCCCUGAGCAACCUGGGUGGAGAAUAUACUGAACGUAUAAUGUCCAGGGAAUGUAGUGAAGACCACAUGGGGCUGAAACGGGCA